UUGUUAUAAAAAUGAGAGAAUUUGUAUGUAAUAUUUGUGAGAAAACUUACGAACAUAAUCAAUCUUUGAAUCGUCAUUUGCGUUUACAACAUUCAAUUGAGUGUGUGAAAUGUAAUCAGAAUUUUAGUACUUAUCCAGAGCUUUUAAAGCAUAUGAAGUCAAUGGACCACAAUGAAAAAAAAGAGGAAAAAACGGUAUACUGUGAAAAUUGCAAUUUAGCUAUUCCAAAAAAUCAGUGGAAGAAUCAUAUCAGCACUAACACACACAUCGAUAAGUGUGUAAAAUGGUUAGAUAAGGAUGUGUCUUGCUUUGGAUCUAGCUUUCAAAAUCGAAUAGAAAGUUAUAAAAUAAAAAAUAGUGAGAUCAAUAACUUGAUACCCGAAAACUUUUUCAAAUCAAUUCAAGAAAAAGUAAUCAAUAUAAUUCAAAAGGCGUUGCAAAAGCAUGAAUCUAUUAAAUAUAAUUGUACACUACAUUGUAAUUAUAUUUUGAUGAAAGAGAAAGCGGAAGAUGAAAUUAGUUUAUUUACACAUCACACAAAAAUGUUGGUACUAUCUCCCUCAAGUACACUGGAAGAAAUUUUAAAUCAUUAUAUUGAAAAUUGUAAUGAAAUAAUUAAAAAAAUGAGUGAAUUCCAAGAACGAGAUAGUGGAUGGACUUUAAUCGAAAUAAAACAUCUAGAGAUCAACAUCAACAAAUAUACAUGUUUGAGAGGAUCUCAAUACAUAAAUCUUCCUCCCAAAAUAAGGAAUAAAAAGGCUUGCAUCAAUGUGCAAAACAAUGAUGUCUAUUGUUUUAAAUGGGCAAUAAUAUCAGCAUUAAAUCCACUUCCAAAGGAAAAGAAACCACAUAAAUGUAGCAACUACAAAGUAACGGACAUUAAGGCACACAUUAUAACAUUGGAAAAUAAUAUAAUAUUAAAUUUUGAAAACAUGGAAUUUCCCCUUACCAUAAAUAAAAUCAGAGUCUUUGAGUUGCAGAAUCCUGAUAUAAAAGCUGAGAAAUCAACUCACAUCAAUCUUCUCCUAAUAGAAGAGGAUGAUAAAUUUCAUUACAUCUGGAUAAAAAAUAUAUCAAGAUUGUUGCGAAGUUCUAUAACAAAGAAUAAAAAUAGGAUUCAUUUUUGUAACACCUGCUUAACUCAUGUUUCUUCAAGUAGUAGACUAGAGAAACACAAACGUGAGUGUAAAAAGAUGGUGACAACAAUGCCAUCAGAUAAAGAUAAAAUACUUAAAUUUAAGAAUUUUAAACAUAAAUUAGAUAUUCCAUUCUCAAUUUAUGCUGAUUUUGAGUGCAUUCUUCAACCGUUAGAGAUACAAAAUUCAAGUAAAGUAAAAUCAGUUCAAAAACAUAUUCCAUUUGCAUACACAUAUGAUUCUCAUUUGUUUGUUAGAGAACUCUCCUCUGUAGUUGGUGAUAUAAAUAUUCUUCCAUUAAAUAAGGAACUUUAUAUUUCUAUAUCGAAAAGAAUUUAUAUAGAUUCAAAUAAGAGUAUUGAAAUACGUUUUCUAGAUUCUUGUAAAUUUAUGGCAUCUAGCUUAGAAAAGCUAGCGGGUUAUUUAUCUGAUGAAGAUUUCAAUGCUGUUAAAUCAACUUUUGUUAACGAUAGUGAAUUUAAUUUAAUGAAGCGUAAAGGUGUAUUUCCUUAUGACUAUUUAGAUUCUCCUGAACGAUUAGAAGAAAACGCUUUACCACCUAUUUCCAAUUUUUUUAAUAAGCUAACUAAUGAGAGACACAAUUUGUUGAAGGAAAUUGUAAAAACACGAGCAGUAUUGAAAGAAAAGUUAAAAAACAUUAAACUUAAUCAAAUAGAUAGGGAUAAUCUAUUAGAAGAUACAUUUCAACCAAUAACCAAACCUUUGAAGGAUAUUAUAGGAAAACUAGAUGAGAACAAAAAAGAAAACGAUGGAAAACUUGAUAAAAACAAUAAGGAUGAUGAUGAUGAUGAUGAUAGCUUUAUAUCAGACAUUUAUAAUGAUGAUGAUGACUAUAUGUCUAGCAAUGGACUUCAAAUGAGAGAUAUUACCUCAAUUGUAUUUGAUUCCACAACUGAUUCAGCGUUAUCCAUUACAUCUGAUCCUACAAUCGACUUAAAUUCAAAAACCGUUGAAUUUAAUUUAACACUACCAAACAAAGAUAUUCUUAAAGUAAAUAUUUCAUUUGUUAUGAUGAAAGAAAGUGAAAUAUUAGAAAACAGAGAUGAUUUUUAUAUAAAAAAUGAAACAGAUGAUGCAGACUUAUCAACUAGCACCACUACAAUAAUUCCUAUAGAAAGUGAAGAAAAAUAUUUUACUGUCGAUGAAGCUAUAGAAGCAUUUCGCAAAAGGUUAAUUACAAAAGAAGCAGAUAUUGGUGGUAUACUGGAUGCUGCAGAACCUUUUUAUCGUCAUUUUAAUUUACAAUAUGAAGAUUUAAAUAUACCAAUCCGUUGUACUUAUGAUAGUAACUACAUGUUACGUCAACUAAAAAUAAGUUGUUUUGAAUAUCGUGAAAUUGAACAAGAACGAAUUUUAAGUAAUGGUGAAAUUGAGAAAGUUCGAGUUCAAGAUCUCAAAAAACAUUUAGAAAAUAUUGUAAUAACUGAUAUUGAGAACUAUACUCAAACAUAUAAAAUGGAAAUAAGUUAG